CCAGAAAGGCGAGUCUCUCGACUGUGGACUUGCGGGAGUGGCAAAGAGUGUGGAGUGAGAGAAUAGCGACCGGGCUGUCAGAGUUCUUUGGGGAUUCCGAGAACAAAAUAAAAGGAUAAAGAAAAAAAAAAAGGCCCGAAAAGGGAGAGGGAGAGAGAGUGUCGGGGAUGGAUGCGGUGACAUUCGGCAUAAUAAUCGGCAUAAUCGUCCUCUUUUUUGUUGCUGUUGUUGUCGUGACCAUCGAAGGCACUUGCAAGCGCCGUCCUUCUUAAGCCCUCCCUCCCGACAAAACAGACUUCUACUUCUCCACCAACACCGACCUUAAAUUCGAUAAUUACAAUAAAACCCCACCUUAACACACGACUGGGGUUUCUCAGAAAAUGGCGCUUUGUAAGAAAGGUUUCGUCUUGGUUGCUGUUGCUUUGGUUGUUGCGCACUGUUCGGAUCUGAGUUUUGUUUCUGGGUUCUCUGCAUCUGCCGCUCACGAGCCUCACACUCAACACCACGGCUGCAGCCAUGCGCACCACCACGACCACGGCCACGGUCACAGCAGCGGCCACAGCCACAGCCACGGCCACGGCCACCAAGAGGAGAGAUUGUUGGCGACAUCGAAGCUUCCCGAGGAAUUGGCGGAGGAGGAGGACAUGAAGUUGUACGGAUUUGAAUUUCAUCAGCACGUUCAUGGUCACGAUCACGAGCAUUUUGGUGCUCCGCAGCUCUCGGUUCUUGGUAUUUCUUCGAAAUUGUGUCUUUGGAUUCAUUCCUUGGGGUGCUCGCUUUUGGUGAGCAUGGCCUCCCUCAUUUGCCUGAUUAUAUUGCCAGUGAUAUUUGUGCAGGGGAAGCCAUCCAAGGCAGUUGUUGAUUCGUUGGCUUUAUUUGGGGCUGGAGCAAUGUUGGGGGAUGCUUUUCUUCAUCAAUUACCACAUGCUUUUGGAGGAGGGCACUCCGACUCGCAUGACCACCAUGAAGGCCAUUCCCAUUCCCAUUUGCAUGAGCAUUCACAUUCGCAUUCUUUGGACGAUCUUUCAGUAGGAUUAUCCAUCCUGGCGGGAAUUGUAUUAUUUCUUCUGGUAGAAAAGACAGUGAGGUAUGUUGAGGAAAACUCUGGAGGAACUAAUGCAUGGAGUCAUGGUCAUCAUCAUCAUCAUCAUCAUAAGAAGAGCAAGAAAUUGAAGGAUGAUAAUGAUUCUCAUGAUGACUUGCAGUCAGAAUCUUCUAAUGGAAAAGAUGGAAGGAAACUGACGAAGUCAUCUGACGGAGAAGUGACAGCUGAUGGUUUAAAUGAUUCUUUGAUUGAAAAUACUCAACAGGACUCUCAUAUUCGCAAGAGAAACACUAGGACUGGUGGGAGCGAUGAUAAACAACAUGUACAUGCUGCAAAUGAUUCCACUCCUGAGGCCAAGUCCGCAAAAGGGGAAACUACUCGAUCACCCUCAAAUCUUGUGUUCGGCUAUCUCAAUCUCUUCUCGGAUGGUGUUCACAAUUUUACAGAUGGGAUGGCUUUAGGAAGUGCAUUCCUGCUUCAUGGAUCUGUUGGUGGGUGGUCUAGAACUCUGUUCUUGCUUGCACAUGAGAUUCCUCAAGAGGUCGGUGAUUUUGGUAUUCUUGUAAGGUCUGGUUUCAGCGUAUCUAAAGCUCUGUUCUUCAACUUUCUCUCAGCACUUGUGGCACUACUUGGAACCGCAGUGGCUCUUAUUUUGGGACAGAAUGCAGGACAGUCAUCUUUGAUUGAGGGUUUUACAGCUGGUGGAUUUAUAUACAUUGCUGUUGCUGGAGUGCUUGCUGAAAUGAACAACAAUGGCGGCUCAUCGUUGAAAAGCACGGCUUUACAGCUAACUGCGUUGAUACUUGGCAUAGGAGUUGCCCUAUGUAUAUCACUUUUUGAAUGAAACUUUGUUUAGAAACCGGAGCGGGACUAUCCAAAUGUGCUGCACGGGCAUCUGGGUUUUACAGCUGAUAAUUGUGCGGUGAAUGUGGAAAAGGGACGGGAAGACAGAGAAGAUGAAGGUGGUUAACCUUGCUGCGGUAUUAUUCUGGAAACUCUCGAGGGUGAUACCAUAGUGGACAACUCUCCAUGGAAGACGGCGAACUUGCUCUUUUUUACUCCCCUGUUUAGGAGAUUACGGUUUCUUCAUGUCUUUUUCCUUUCAGAUACCUAUAUAUGUAUAGGACGUGAUUUUUGUAAUGAAAGAGAAAAAGUUAUCAUAUGCUA